AUGGCGCCGCCAAAGAGAUAUGAGCUUAAGGACUCCCCCUUACAACAGCUUCAGAACCAAAUGGGAAGGGCCAAACUCGAUAGCUCUGAUUUCGUGAGGCGUCCCAGAAUGAGCGAUUCUCUAGCGACUGUCAGUAACUCAGUUGGAGAUCAGGAAAGUUUAUACUCGUUCGACUCUGUCAGUACGAAUGGUAGGCUACUUGAUAGAUUGGGUCUUGAUGACGAGGUGCAAAGCAAUUAUCCUGACGAUGAUAUGACGCGAAGGAAUAGUUUGGUGUCAAUCAAAACUACGGAAAGAUUAUUGGACAGAUUAGGAUUGGAUGAGCCCGAUGAGCUUGAGCCAGGAAACUCAGUCACAUUCAUUCAAACUAAAAAUAGCAAGUUUUCUCCCAUUACAACGUCUGCUGGUGUCAACAGAUACCUGUCUAGUAGAUCUAAUGCUCUGGCUGGAUCAUCUAGUGCUCCAGGUAGUACAAAUGCAAAGAUGAACAUCAAGAAUAUUCCAAAAAACAUAGUCUUGCAAAAUCCUAAUGCUUCAAUUGAUUCAUUAAAAGCUGAUGUUCUGAGGAUAGAAAACAGCAAACCUGUGGAAACGCAACCUAAUGUCGCUUUCCAGCCCUCGACGCCUAAGAGUUCGACGCAAAAGAGUAGUUAUUCGCCAUUUACUGAUUCAGGGAGUCCCUGCGCUCCUGGGCAGCAUCUUGAGAAUUAUUCCGGUAACUCAAAUGAAGAUUUCACCCAAUCCCCAUCGAUUUCAAGAUCCUCGGCAACUUCCUCACCUAGAGUGCCUAUGCCGCUCAUGCGAACUCCAUCCUUACCUAUAAGCAUUGAUAGCUCAGGAUCUGGUACAUCUUCUCCAUCUUCUAGACGGGUUCUUUCAGACAAUACGUCAACUGCUACUCUCGGUAGUUCUGGCUCCCUCACUCCGGAAUCAAGAACGAAAUUAGCUGUCCAAUUAAGAGGAAUGGGUAAGCACAGAGAAGCGUCAUAUCAAAUUCACAUUGCUGCAAGUCCGCCACAUAAUUAUUAUAAAGCCAUGUUCUUGUAUUCCAUGGCACUAAGAUAUGGUCAAGGGGUUAAGCAAAGUGACCGUAACUCGCUAGCUUGGCUCUGUAAAUGCAUUAUAACUAGCUCAUGCUCCAAAACCGAUACUGUUAUCGAAAAAUUAAACACGUCGCAACCUGAGGAACUCUUAUCUCGAAUUCUAAGAAAUUUAGAUAAUGACGAUCCUGUAGAUCCAAUUCAGCUUUACGAUUACUACUCUAGUCUUCCAAAAGCACAAUUGGCAAAAGUAAUCAGCAUGGCUAAGAGCCAACUGAAUGCUGUACCGAUGGCGUACCAUGAGUUAGCAAAUGCUUUACUUAAUGGCUGGGGUUUACCAUCAAAGAAUGAAAUUGAUGGUAUUAAACUCCUUUCAAAAUCAGCUUCAAUGGGAAACGUCAGUUCCAUGAAUCAGCUAGGAGAAAUUUGGAGUAUGAAGACAAAACAUCAUAAAAAAGAUUUGUAUCAAGCGUCUGCAUGGUUGAGGUUAAGUGAAAUAUUGGGUACUAAAUCGGUCGGUAACAGUUGGAUUUACAAAGAGAAGUAUUUACCUGGGGAAAAGAAGAGCAAAGCAAAAGACAUUGAUGCAUAA